CGGCGCGGUGGUGUUGGACGAGAACGUAAGCUAGGUGGCCGCACGAACACAUUUAUUACACCGAGGCUGUGCCAGACGCACAUGGGAUCCGUCCUGCGUACCCGGGGAUCUUCAGCACCCGCAGCCGAGCGGAGGGGACCCUCAGCCCGGUCAGGAGCAGCGCGCACCCCGCCUGGACUCUUCCUCUGACACACAACACAAACAACACAAACAGAAACAACCCACUGACACAUUUGUGAGAUGAUCUUUUUCCUCCCCGGGAGGCUCGCGGAGACACAGCGUGUUAUUUAUUUAUAUCGUGUGUGAGCCUGACAGUCAGCCGCGGCGGACAAACUGCGUCUUAACGCGGAGAGCUCGGACUUGUUCGGCUGGAGAAAACGCACCAAAAACACACGCGUUUAAAAAACACUCCCGUCCUGUCGCACCCCCCUCUCUCUUUCUUUUCUUUUAUUUCCUGUCAGUUUUUUUCUCUCUUGCGAUUUAUUUCGUUGCUGCCAAAACCAGGAACCCGACGGGACUGAGCCCCUGCGCCGAGGAUGAAAGAAAACUAGAAUUGUGAUCGAGGCUUGUGAGGUUGUUUUACUGGAUUUAUUUCGCUGUGGAGGAAAAAAGAGACCCGGGAGCGGAGCGGUGCGCAAAACGCAAAGCCGAGGUCUUCCUCUCCUCUCCCUCCCUCUAUCUCUCCAUCUAUCAAUCUGUCUACCUGUCCUCUCCUAUCGAUCUAUCUCUUCAUUUGUUUCCAUGUUUUUAGGUCCGUGCGAUUUUGCUAAAAUGCAUCAUCAACAGCGGAUGGCAGCUUUGGGAACAGACAAGGAACUGAGUGACUUGCUGGAUUUCAGCGCGAUGCGAAACAGCGAUUUGAAAAUGUUCCCAACAUCCAUGAUGUUUUCCCCUCCUGUUAGCAGUGGAAAGAACGGGCCGACCUCCCUGGGGAGCGGACAUUUCUCCGGCUCAAAUAUGGAGGAGAGAACGGGCGCAGGGUCAUGGGCGAGUGGAAGUCGUUCUUCCAAGAGUUAUGCAGAUGGGUCACAGUACAUGGCGUCACAUGACAGCCUCUCACCUCCGUACACCAACUCCAGCAGGCUAACAGGUAAAACAGAGAGGAGUUCGUACUCGUACACCAGAGAGUCCAACCCACACUGCCACCAGUCAAUACUGGGUGGCGAGAUGGGUUUGGGGAGUCCCGGCGCAGCAUCACCCACCAAGCCAGCCGGUCAGUACUACCAGCACUACAGCUCCAACCCGCGGAGGAGAACGCUGCCUAUGGACGCCAUGGAGGUUCACACAAAAAAAGUGCGGAAGGUCCCUCCCGGCUUGCCGUCCUCAGUGUACGCUCCGUCUGCCAGUACAGCAGACUACAACAGGGACUCACCGGGUUAUCCCUCCUCCAAACCUCCUAGCGCUGGCUUCCCAAGCUCAUUCUUCAUGCCAGACGGUCACCACAGUGGCGAUCCCUGGAGCAGCAGUAGUAGCAGUAUGAGCCAACAGGGUUACCACGGCAGCAUGCUGGGGGGCGGGAACUCAGCCCAUGGCCCCGCCCAGAGCUCCUCCUACUGCGGGAUUCACCCUCACGACAGAUUGAGCUACCCGUCUCACUCGUCUGCAGAUAUCAGCUCCAGCCUUCCUCCUAUGUCCAGCUUCCACCGAGGGGGAGGGAGCGGGGGAGGUGGCAAUCACUACAGCACCGCCUCUUGCACCGCCUCAACCAACGGCACAGACAGCAUCAUGGCUAACCGAGCGCAGAGCUCAGCAGCCAGCGGCUCUCAGACGGGAGACGCCUUAGGGAAAGCACUCGCAUCCAUCUACUCUCCAGAUCACACGAACAACAGCUUUUCGUCCAAUCCCUCCACCCCAGUUGGUUCCCCGCCCUCCCUCACAGCUGCCAGUUCAGCUGUCUGGUCCAGGAAUGGUGGACAGGGAGCUUCAUCGCCAAACUAUGAGGCGGCUCCAUUACACUCUCUGCAAAGUCGUAUCGAGGACCGUCUGGAGCGUUUGGACGAUGCCAUCCAUGUACUGCGGAGCCACGCGGUGGGACCGUCGACGGGUAUGGCCAGCGGGCACGGUGACAUGCACAACCUCAUCGGGGCCGCACAUACGCACAAUGGCGCCAUGGGCGCUCUGAGCAGCGGGUACGGGACGGGACUGCUGUCAGCCAACAGACACUCCCUCAUGGUGGGCUCGCACAGAGAAGACGGCAGCGGCGUGGGCGGUUUGCGCGGUGGACACUCGAUGGCGGGUCAGGUGCCAGGGCCUCAGCUGCCCGUUCAAUCGGCCACCUCGCCGGACCUCAACCAGCCCGACCCAUACCGCGCAGCUCUGUCCGGAGGCCUCCAGGGCCAGAGCACCUCCUCCGUCAGCUCUGAGAUCAAGUCUGAGGACGAGGGGGACGAGAACCUCCUGCAGGACACGAAAUCCCUGGAUCCGAAGAAGGAGGACGUAGACAGCAAGGACCUUAAAUCAAUUGAGAGGUUAAGAUCUAGCAACAAUGACGAUGAGGACCUAUCUCCGGAGCAGAAGAUGGAGAGAGAGAGGGAACGGAGGAUGGCCAACAAUGCGCGGGAGCGUCUGCGCGUCCGCGACAUCAACGAAGCGUUCAAGGAGCUGGGCAGGAUGGUGCAGCUGCACCUGAAGAGCGACAAACCUCAGACCAAGUUACUGAUCCUGCAUCAGGCCGUGGCCGUCAUCCUCAGUCUGGAGCAACAAGUCCGAGAGCGAAACCUGAACCCCAAGGCGGCCUGUCUGAAGCGUCGCGAGGAGGAGAAGGUCACCGUGUCAUCGGACGGGGCUCCCCUCUCACUGGCCGCCGCACACCACGCCGCCGCCGCCAUGGGCGACGGGUCGAACCCCUUGGGACAAAUGUAAAACGCAGCAACAUCUCCUCCCCCCUGAUGGUCCAAGGUGCCAGAGUUCAUCAAGAUGAUGAGUGACCACUUCCUCUGACGGCGUUUCCAUGACAACCCAGCAAUCGAUCAACCCUGUCGUUGCUUCAGCCUGACCAAUCAGAUUCUCUGGAUCUUCGGCCCGACCAAUCAGAUCGGCCUCUUUCUCUCCUCUCGUCUGUCUCUGAUCCUCCUCUUCACCUUCGUCUCCUUCUUCUGUCGAGAACACGAACUGCAGAGUCACAUUAGUCGCUUUUGUCACUUUGCAUCUCCAGCCGAAGUGAACUGGAUGCUACUUUGUGGAGACGUUAAAUGGCCGCUGUAACAUGGCUGCUACAAAGUGGCAGUUUGUGGGAGCUUUUGACACAAAGUGACAGCAAUGGACAAAAGUCUUUGGAAUCACAUCAUCCAAGAAAUUCUUCUUCUUGUACUACUUGUUUUAUCAGCAUUCCCAGUUUUAAAGAACAAAAGGGUUCUAUAUAUAGUAUAUAUAUAUGAGAAAAGGAAAAAAUGACAAAAAAACUUGUUAAAAAAGUGCAACUGGACGCGGGCAGUGAGGAGGGUAUGGGUUGGGAAGGGUUGUUCAGAACGGCGCAAAACAUAUCACGAAGUGUUUAAAGAGGUUUUUUUCUGUUUUUUGUUUUUUUAAGCAACAUUGCGCAGCUGUUGUUGAAUGCAGCUUCAGCGCGUCUCUGACUGAAUGGCAAUCUAACGCCACACUGUGGAUGAAGCUGUGCCUGAUCUCCUCUUGGAUGCAAACCAGUCAGAUAGAUACACACGGAGAAGCAAAGCAAACAAAACAACAAAAAGAACAGGAAAAUUCCAGGAAGUAUCAUGGAAGCAAGCUGCCCAUUCAUACAUCCCCUUACAAACCGCACAUUUUCACAUAUUAAAGUAUGAAUUAAAAUGAAGAUUUUAGGUGCUUGAUAUGCCGAGUCAUUUGAACAAAAAUUUAGUUCAUAAACGCUUUUUGACUAUCAUAGAUGCCUAGAAAGAAACGGGGCUAAACAGGAAAAACAGGGGCAACUCGUUCUUCCCCUUCUAAUGCAUUCCCUCUUAACCUGCAAACAUUUACAGUAGAUUGUCAGUGUUAUAAAAAUCUGAACAUGUUUCUGUAUUUUUAUUAGUGUUUUAUGCUCAUAGCCAUGUUGACUUUGUUAACAAGUGUCAAAAUUGUACAAACUGCUAAUUUCUUUGUGUGAUCACAAAUACAAACACCUGGACAGUUGUACCCAAACAGCCCGUGUGUAUCUACUGGGAGGAAGAGAAUACCUAAGGAAUCAAUCAGUUAAUCAAUCAAUCAAUCAGUGAGUGACUCCAGAUGGACUGGGGUGUUUAAAAUUUGAAGGUAGAGGAAUUACAGAAGAAAAACAUGAAGGACGAAUCAUGCAGUAAUGAAAAAGUGUACUUCUAAAUGCGGCAGGAAAGAAAGACUUUUCUCGACAUCUUCAUUUGAGAUUGUUGUUUUGGGUUUGUAGUGCAGAUGCACAAGAGACGACAGAAAGAAAGAGCUCUAGCAAACAUCCCAAACCAGAGUCCAUUGUCAAAUGUUUGUCAGCGUGGGCAGAGCAAGCAGAGUUCAAAAAGGUGCCCAAGCCUUUGCCGUAAUCGAAGGAUUUCUGGACAGGUGGUUGAGAGGAUGGACAGAUGAUAGAAAUGCUGGAUGGAUGGAUGGCUGAUGAGAGGGAAGAGGAUCGGGCUGAGCACUGAAGUGAAUUCUAUUCCACGUUUAGCACAUUCCCUGAAUCACGAUGGCUCUACUUGAAAUGAGUUCUCCGGACAUCCCGAAGGCCUAGAGUAGAGUUUUGCAAGUCAUGUAAGGUUAAGGAGAAAAGAUUUAACAUCCUGAGGAGCUAGAGAUUGAGGGAGAGGAGAAGAAACAGAGAAUCUAGAGGUCUAAAUGAUGAUGCUAUGGGGGAACCAAGGGAACAAUCAUCAGGGUGAAAGGUGUAUAAUUUUCUUCUGGGGGCCAAGCAGCAGUUGUCAAAGCAUUCCUGUGUUGGAUUCAGUGGAUUCCUUCAUUUCCUGGUUUAAUAUUUGGCUGAUCAUAACCCUAAACCUCAACCUUAGACUUAUCCUCUGCUCUGAAUACCAACCUUGGGGGACUUUCUGAUUGACCUUUGCUGUCAGAUGUAGUUGAGGUGUCUGUUGUUGGGACCAUUGGCUGGUUCAAAUUUUAAUUGGCCUUGAAAUCUUUUGCUUGAUGAAGCUGCAGUGAUGUCUGGCAAGAUUUCAAACACUGUCUACUUGGUGCUGGUGCAAUGCAUUGCAUCACAGUAACCUCUGUAUACAGCUAUCUGCACAUAAAUGUAGAAUCUGUAGGCUACAGGAUAAGAUUUUGGUAAUGGAAGCAUUCUUCCGAUACCAGCUUCCGUCUAGUAGUACUGACGGGAUAUGUUUGAGCAGCCAGUAAACAGUCCAUGUGGAGAGACAGAACGUAUUGGCCAAAAGGCAGUUUCAGAACGCAUUGGGUGUCUUCUGACAACAAUUUAGCUUUAUGUAAGCUUUUUUUUUUAAUGUAUCUGUAUUCAUAUGCAGAUAUGUGUUUAUAGAGAUUAACUGAAAAGACCAGUACAUAGAAGAUGAAGUCUUGGCCAAGAAAUCUGCUUGCUCCAAAACAUCUCCCAAAAUAUUGGUCGUUGCCCCUAGAGGCUUAGUGUCGUCACACCGAUAGUCAAUGGCCGAUUAGCAUUAUAGAGACAAGAGACUUAAAUCUAAUCAGGAGUCUGCAGUCCCACUGGGUUCUCGUUAGUUAAGAGCACUAUCUGGACUAGUUGGGACAGGAAAACCAAAACAUCAGUAGUGGAGAGGAGUCAUAAUGUGACUGUUCCAAGGUACCUAGAUCAGCUAUACUUGCAGCUGAAUGAUGGCACAGUUGGUGUUUCUGUGCCAGAGGACCAAAUGUUAGCAGACUCUGGAUCAUAAAUUACAUGCCUCCCAGAUUAGGCUAGGUUUUAGGGUUUCAGACUGGCAGCACUCGCGGCCAGUCUUGGCCCCCAGAAUAUAACCAAUGUGUCAUUUGUCAUGAGUCUGGCAUGAGUCCACCAGCCUGACGAAGGGUUCAGACAUUUUGAUCAUCUUGGUUUGCUCAAUAUAAAUGUAAAUUCAAAACAUCUGAGGCAAGUCCAAUCCACAAGCCCAAGCACUAAUAUGUUACUUUAGAAUUUGACAGUGCUGCCUCUUGUUCUUUGACUUGCCAAGGUUUCUUGGGUAGAAGUUCAAUCGAAGGAUCAGGACAAGGUGGGGCUGAUAGUGACAAAAGUCAUGAGCGUGACCAGGUGAGAACUGGAACAAAUGAAUCAGGACCGGAUAGAUCAGAAAGAAAUCCUUAUUGCAUUGCUAUCCAUCAAGGUCUACUUUGUGGCAAUAGGUGAAAGUAAUUGGAAUAUCUGCAAGAACGUCCAUCGUUUUGUGGUGUCAAUCUGAAAGUCCCCUUUUGCCCUCACUCCAGUUUGAACCCUCCUCUGUCCAGGCCUAUGUUUAAUCCCCAGCCCUAGUUCUGUCUUCUCUGCUGACCCUAGCCUUAUGAGCCCUACACCAGAGCCCUAGCCCCUCUUCCCAGCCUCUUGUCCCACCUAAGCGGUCCCACAGAUGCAAUUUGAACAUUCACACUUCUACCAAUGUGCCUUUUUAGAGUUCAUAUCAUUCGAGUUGCCAGAGGAGGACAUUUACCUGGUCUUUUAAUAGGAUGCAAGCUUAGGGAAACCUGUUCUUAGUCGUUAGGUUCUAUGCAGUCAGGUUUUUUACCAGACCUGGGAAUUUAAAAAAAGCUAAAAAGGAAAAAAAAGUAUUUUUUGGAUAAAAAAAAAAAAAAAAGAAACUGUAUUUAAUGUACUGUACGCUUAUAUGUAAGUAGACAACGUGUUCUGGCUUUGAGCCACUGAGACAGACGCUUGAUUUAGCAAAACAAGCCCCCAUCCCAGUCCUCCCUCCCCAAGUUCUCCAUAACCCCCAACCCAUCCUGUUUCAAGCCCCAGCCCUGUUACCAUGGUGAACAAUGCGUCUCUUCUUGUAUUAUAGCUUAUCAGCUUUUUAUCAAUAUUUGAUCGGCUUGUCCGUAAGCCAAUGUAGUCUUCAGUACAAAGUGUGUGGUUGUAUGUUGUAAAACAGAUUUGCUUUUUUUUCUCUCUCUCUCUCUCUUUUUUAAGAAGAAUCUUUUCGCUUAUUACUUUUUCUUUGUCUGUUCUGGUUUACAUGUCUAUUAUAGAAAAUGUAAAAAAAAACAAAAACAAAACAAAAACAAAAAACAACACAAUUCGUUAGCCGACAGCAUUGUUCUCUGUCGGUGGUCAUUUUGACGCGGUUAAAAUCCUACCCAAUCAACAGGAAGGCACGGAAACUGGAAAAGAAUCUAUUUGAAUAAAUCAAUCUAUAUAUAAAUGUACAAAAAAGUAUAUACGAUAUAUAAGGAGGGUGCCAUUUUCUGUUAUUUUUUUAUUUUCUGUUGCAAAGGAGUGUUUGCUUGGGGAGGAAUUAUUUUCUCAAAGACUGAACUGGCAGAAGUUGGCAAGGCCCCUCAGUGUUAUAACUUUUCAACUGACUUUGUUGUGUUCUCUGUUGUUGCUAUGACAACACCCUCUGACUAGUAUGGCACCCCGCGCAGGACAAAAUGGGACUGGAGUUCCAGCAGCUCCAUUCACUGCUAUCUAUCCAAGGCAACAACACACAGACGUUUGUAAAUUGUAUGCAACAAAAUGGCAAACUUUACCAUUAUUUUGAAAUUGUGUAUGUAAAAGUUAUAUUUUUACAUGUAGACUGUUGUUAUUUUGUGUUUUAGAAAUAUGUUGUAUCGGUUUUUUUGUUAAAAUAUGAAAAAGUAAAAUUCAGUGUGUGUUGAAAAAAUGUGUCACAUUGAAAAUGUAGUGAGGUCAAAAGUUCAGAAUCAUUUUUUCUUUUUUAAUUUUUCAACAUUAUGUUUAUAUCUGUGGGGGAACAUUUUUGAGGGUUUGUGGGAGGAAUCAGAAAUCAUAAAAGAUAUAUGAUAUUUGUUUAAUUCUCCAUGCCUCAUGACAUUACCAUUUUUAAUUGUAUUUUUUGCAGAGAAAUGUGUAAAUAGUCAUAAAACAUUUUCUGUGGGGUUUCUGUGGGGUGAGGACUUGCCAGUGAGAGGCGACGAUGAUGAUGAACUUGUUUUGUUUUUUAGUGAGGUCGUAUUCGUCCAGUUACAGUAGCCAGGUGCCAACUUUUGGUUUCGGUCAGUGGUGGUCAGUACUGUUUGUGGUUUUGGUUGCUGACCAUCUGAAGUGUAAGUCAAAUUGUUGUCUUUGCUUCCACAUAAAAAAAUCACUCGUGUCAGAGUCGGCAUUGGGCUUUUUUUUUGUUUGUUUGUUUUUUUGUUUUUGUGAAGAAUUUAUUUUGACUUUCAAGGAGGAAAAACAAGCUUUUACAACUGCCUGUUGUGAUAAUUGCUAUUCUUAGGGAAAGUGCAAAUGCAAAUUUAUAAAGAUGCAGAAUAUUGUAACCUUAAAAAUUCUUGAUUUCAUUAUGUUCACGCAUUUCCAAAUUCAAAAUUUAUAAUAAAGACAAUUUGGUUAUAACAUAACACACACCUUUUUCCAAAAAAAAAAAAAAUUUCAAAAAUUUUCUGUUUACUUACAUAAAUUAUGUCAGAAAUUUAACCAAGAUACCCGAAGAGAGUUCACAGAUUUAAUUCAUUUUGGUUCUACCUGGUGGCUUUGGGCUGGCUCUGACUCCUGUGCAUUUAUUUUCUUCAAAAUGGGUUGUAAAUGUUGAUUAUAUGAAACACCCUCAGCACCUGAUUCCAGAUUAAUAUAUGAAAAUUUUGUAAAAGAUUGGAGUGUCACUAAUAUAAAAAAAAGCAGGUCGUCAGCAAACAAUCUUAUCAGCUAUUUCCCCAAAAAGAUAUCAGAUUGAUUGUGUGCAAGGCAGUUUCAGUCAUUUGUUUUUUAGUGUUUGCCAUUAAAAUUGAGCUUUUUGUCAAAAGGAACAGCUGCUUUGAAUCGGACCUAGGUGAAACACUAGGAUUGAAUCUGUCAGUGUAAGUGCUAAAUGUAUUUUUUACGUAAUGUUACUUUUGCUAUGCUUCAUUUCAUAUUUUCUCUUUGUUGUAUAAUCAAGUCAUCUCCCGAAUUACAGUAUCUUCAUUUUUAUGUUACCCCUGAUGUUUCUAUUAGCCAAAAUGUUAACUUUUUCUUUUCCCUCCUUGUUGUACAUACACACCUCAUUUCUCUUUUUCAGUGACUGUGCCAUGAGCUUUGUAAUCUGUUACUCUGUACCAGUUUUACUGCAAUAAUGAGUUGAAUUCAAAAUGGCCA